AGUAUGAGUAGUUAAAGUUCUUAAAGAAACUCUGCAAUCAAAGCAACAUUAAAAGUUUAUUCUGAGAUGAGAGAAGAUUAAAGCUGUAAAUUAGCCAUGAGAUUUACGUAAUUGAAAAUAGUACUUGCUACUCAUAAAAUAGUAGGAAUCUGUCAUAAAAUUAAAUCUAUAAGAAUAUAACAUUAUUUUGAUGUUUUACUUCUAACCAAGACAUCAAAUACUAAUCCUAUACCUAUUUUAAAUAAAAAUUAAUAAGGGUAAAUUUAAUAUUUGACACCUCCAACAAAAAAGAAAAAUGUUAAGUUUUAACCAAAAUACUCAAUAGCACCUUGUUUAUUAAUUAAAUCAAUAUAUAAUAAACGUGUUCGCAAUUACUUCUAUAUAAUACUAUAUAAUCAAAACAAAAAAAAUUAGCAAAUAUCUUUUAAUACCAUUUUAUUUCAGUUAUUCAGAAAAAAACAAACUUAAAACUUUUAAAUUCUUAAAACACGAAUAUAAUAAUCAAAAUCCUUUAGAAGGAUUAGUCUUAUAACCAAUUAAAAGAUAAAAUCAAUUAAAUUGGAAGUCUUACUAAAAAUUUCAUAAUAUUUAUAUAAUGCCAAUGUUCAUUCUCAAUAAGUAAGUUUAUUAGGUUCGGAAUUUUCUUAAUAAUAGUAAAUAUAAUAAUUAACAAUCCAAGAUAUCUAAGAAAAUGAAAUAAAUAAUUAAUUGAUGAGUGCUAAAGAGUAAUUGGCUAUGAAAUUUGCUAGUACAUCUUUAUUAAUAGGAAUAUUAAGUUAAGUGAUGAUAAAAGCAUAAUUUGCAUUUCUAUUUCAUCUAAGUUCUGGAUGUAAUCAAAAAUAAGAUAUUAGAGAAAUUAAAUCAAUUGAUAUAAGUGAGAAUCUUGAUUAGUCUUAGAUUGAAGAAGAAAAAAUAAAACCAAAAAUAAUUGCUGCUAAUCAAAUUAAUCAUUUCCUAAUUUAAAAACUUAAAUAAUAUUUUGAUUAGAUUAAUGAAGUCCCCCCUAGAAUAUCUCGACCAUCAAUUAAAUAUUUUAAAGGAGAUAAGAAACUAAGAUCUUAAAAUUCCAAUCUUAAAUUAUUGAUUUUAGGAUAAAAAACAUUUAAAGAAGAUGAUCCUUAAUAAAAAAGUACAGAUAUCACAGUUAAUGAAAAAAAAGGUUCAUUCAAUGCACUACCUGGAGUUCGAUAUGUGACAUAAUAUUCAGAUAUUUCUAAAAAUGCCAUUUCUGAUGUAAUAAUUUCUAUUAAAUAAUUUAGAGUGAAGUGACUGAACAAUCCAUUAUUACAGAUUGUGCUAAUACAUUAUAAACUAUAAAAACAUCUGUUAAAGUGAAAAAUUAAUUGAAUCAUUAAACAUAACAUAAUAAACAGAAUGAAAAAAAAGAAAAACUUAAUUCUGCAAUUCAAUAAUAUUGUAAAAUUUCAAAAUGAUUAUUUUUAGUGAUUCCAAUCAAAAGUUAAAAAAAUACUCCACCAAAAGUAUCUAAAUAAAUUAUCGAAAAGAAAGUUGAGAGUAAAUUCUCUAAUUUAAAAAUGUUGUAUUGUUUCCCCUUUAUUAUAAUACUCUUGAUUGUAAUUUUAAUGAGAUGA